CCCGCGGGCUCCAGCUUGCAAAGGCUUAAACCUCGCAGCGCAACCCCGACGGUUCAUUGCCCGUCCGAGAUUUGCACCCGUCGCCCGCGGGCUCCGGCUUGCAAAGCCUCAGCCGCCCGGGGCAACCUCGACGUGUUUUUUUUUCCCCAGCUCGAGAUUUUGCACCGGUCGCCCGCGGGCUCCGGCUUGCAAAAGCUCAACCUGGCGAUUUCUCCGCCUUGCACACAAUUGAGACCCGCGCAACUUUUCUGCCAGGAAGCGCCUGGGUGCCUCGCAGCCGCCAGGGGGCGCCGCUUGCCCGCUGGUAACUUUUGCAUUCAGACGUGUCCCUUGCAAGGAAGAAAGGCGCGCGUGUUUCGGGAGCUCAGGAUCGCUGGCCGGGUGUGGACGCGCAGCCCUCGGGUGCAGGCAGGGUGUGGGUGGGGGUCUCCGGAUCGAUGCCCGCACCUUCGGAGGGUCGCCCGGAACGUCUGGACGGGAGGCAGCGAGCAGAAGCUGAGCUGUGGCAUGCAGGCUGAUGAAGGGACUGACUGGUUGCUCGAACUCCUGACCGAAGUCCAGCUUCAACAGUACUUCCUCCGGAUCCGUGAUGACCUCAACGUCACUCGCCUGUCGCACUUCGAGUAUGUCAAGAAUGAGGACCUGGAGAAAAUCGGAAUGGGGCGACCGGGCCAGAGACGCCUCUGGGAGGCCGUGAAGAGGAGGAAGGCUGUGUGCAAACGGAAAUCCUGGAUGAGCAAGGUCUUCAGCGGGAAGCGCCCCGACUCGGAGAUGCAGCCGCUGCCCCCGAGUCUCCUGAGCAAGCAGUCAAGCCCGGUGGCCCUCGAGGAGGCCCAACAACAGGCCCUGACCUGCCUCAUCAGUGAGAAGGACCUGGUGUUGUUGGAGAAACUGGGCGACGGUUCUUUUGGGGUGGUGCGCCGCGGGGAAUGGUGCGCCCCAUCAGGCAAGGUGCUGAACGUGGCAGUCAAGUGCCUGAAGACGGACGUCCUGAAUCAGCCGGAAGCCCUGGACGACUUCAUCCGCGAGGUCAACGCCAUGCAUUCCCUGGACCACGUCAACCUCAUCCGCCUCUACGGGGUGGUGCUCUCCAACCCCAUGAAGAUGGUGAGGGAAACUGGCCCGCUGGGCUCCCUGCUGGACCGCCUGCGCAAGAACCUGGGCCACUUCCUGAUCGCCACCCUCUGCCACUACGCCAUCCAGAUUGCCCGCGGCAUGGCCUACCUGGAGUCCAAGCGCUUCAUCCACCGGGAUCUGGCCGCCCGGAACAUCCUGCUGGCUGCCAAUGACCUGGUCAAGAUCGGAGACUUCGGCCUCAUGCGCGCCUUGCCCAAAAACAACGACCACUACAUCAUGCAGGAGCAUCGCAAGGUCCCCUUUGCCUGGUGUGCCCCAGAGAGUCUGAAGACCCGCACUUUCUCCCACGCCAGCGACACCUGGAUGUUCGGCGUGACCCUCUGGGAGAUGUUCACCUACGGACAGGAGCCCUGGGUUGGCCUUAACGGCAGCCAGAUUCUGCACAAGAUCGAUAAGGAAGGCGAACAACUCGGCCGACCGGAGGAUUGUCCCCAGGAUAUCUACAACGUCAUGUUGCAAUGUUGGGCGCACAAACCGGAAGAUCGGCCCACCUUCGUGGCUCUGCGGGAUUUCCUCCUGGAGGCUCAACCCACGGAUAUGCGGGCUCUGCAGGAUUUCGAAGAACCAGACAAACUUCUGAUCCAGAUGAACGAUAUAAUUACAGUCAUCGAGGGAAGGGCGGAGAACUACUGGUGGCGCGGACAGAAUAAGCGGACGUUGAAGGUGGGACAAUUCCCACGCAACACGGUGACUUCCGUGGCGGGAUUGUCCGCCCACGACAUUAGCCAGCCACUGAAGAACAGCUUCAUCCAUACGGGCCAUGGCGAUACCAACCCGCAGCAGAGCUGGGGCUUCCCCGAUAAGAUUGAUGACUUGUACCUGGGAAAUCCCAUGGACCCCCCGGAUGUCCUAGGCUUGGAUUUGAACCCAGCUCGGCCUACGCAGCUCCCAGGAAGGACAAGAAGACAGCCGCCACCUCGGCCGCCCCAGCCCUCGAUCCUUCUCAAGCAGCCCUUGUACGACCCGGUGAAUGAAGAAGAGCCUCCCCUGGCCAUCAGCCUCAAGCAGCUUUGCCUGAAAAAGAAAUCUGGGUCUGGGGUCCGAGGAGGCCUGCAGGUUCCCAAGCCCUCCGCCUGCGUCUCGGGCACCAAGGUGGGCGAGAGACUGCUCCUGCCCCGCUCCAAAGGGGGCGGCCCCCCCGUGAAUGAGGUGACCCUCAUAGACUUUGGGGACGAGCUCCUUCCCCCCAGCCCGUCUCCCGUCGGGGACUUCUGCGCCCCCUCCUUGGCUCGCUUGGCCAUGGAGGCCUUCUCCUUGUUGGACAAGACCCCUCCUCAGAGCCCCACCCAAGCGCUGCCCCGCCCCUUGCACCCUACGCCCAUCGUGGACUGGGACGCCCGGCCCCUUCCUCCCCCACCGGCCUACGACGACGUGGCUCAAGACGAAGAAGACUUCGAGGUCUGCUCCAUCAACAGCGCCGAAGAGCUGGUGGGGCGUACGCGGGGGAGCAGACCCUGGGGCAAGGGGGAGGUCAACGGCAGCUUCGCCCCCGAAGGAGACCAUCCCGCUCUCCCCUUGGACGACAACCUCUUCCUGCCCCCCAAGGAGAGCAAGCAACCCAGCCCGGCUCAAACCACCGAAAUUUUCCAGGAACUCCAGCAGGAAUGCAUGAAGCACCUCAACGUCCCCUUGGGAGGACCUUCCGUGGCCACCAUCCCUAGUCCAGGAGAGGACAAGCCGCAGAUCCCUCCUCGCGUGCCCAUCCUGCCCCUCCCUUUCCGCAGGAACGAGCAUGGCCGCUGGUCUGGAGACCUCUCCCCGGCUUCUGGAGGGGAGGAAGCCCGCCCUCCUCAGAUCCCUCCGCGAGAUCGGUUGUCCCAACCGGGAUCCAGAACUCCCAGUCCGAGGGCCCUCCAAGGCGGAUCUCCCCAGCCGAGAACCAAUCUCUGCUCCCCGCUUUCCUUGGGGGCCUUCCUGUCCACCUCCCCCGGGAAGCAUCCCAUGCCCACCACCCAGAGUUUCGCCUUGGACCCCAAGUAUGCCACCCCUAAGGUCAUCCAGGCCCAGGGGAAGGAAAGCGCCAAGGGACCCUGCAUCCUGCCCAUCGUGAAGGACGGACGGAAAGUCAGUAACACCCACUACUAUCUCCUCCCCGAGCGUCCGCCUUACCUGGACAAAUACGAGAAGUUCUUCAAGGAGACGAAGAGCCAGGAAGACGCCGUGGCGCCCAGCCGAGUGGUCACCACGGCGACGGUGCGGCCCAUGAUCCAGCAGCCGCCGGACUACAAGGCCAACUUCUCGUCCAACAACAGCAAUAGCACCAUCAAGGCCAUCUGCGGCCUCCAGAAAAUCAUCUACGAUGGUUCGGAAGGACCCCGAAGCUCGGAGAAGAUUCGGCUGGUCCAGGACACGGUACACGGUGUCACCACCGAAGAGAGUAAAGCCGCCCUGCAGAAUCACAGCUGGAACGUGCAAAAGGCUGUCCAGUAUCUGAAGGUUGAGCAGCUCUUCUGCCUGGGACUGAAGACGCGACUGGAAUGUCACAAAGUUCUGGAGAUGUUCAACUGGAACUUGGAGCAGGCCAGUUCUCACCUGCUGGACCCCUACAAUGCUUCCCAACUCAAGCGGUGAAUAGUAUUUGUCUACUCAAGGAAUUGACCCUUGGAGGAAGGCCCGGAAUUGGUGACUGUCUUCCAACCCUAUUGGACCAAGAGAUGCUUUUGAGGCCGUGGAUGAUGGAUCCCAGAGAAGCCACCCUGUAGCUAGGACUGCUGUGAAACAGCCAGCAGGGUCCCGCCGCCUCCCGCCUCCCUCUCAGCCGGUGACUGUACCCCUCUCCUCUCUCGCAGAGGCAGGCUGAGUGGCUUGUGUUCUCCUGCUUCGGCUAUUAUUCUCGCUGCUGGAUUCCUUUUGUAAAGAGAAGUGUUAACAUUAAUAUAUAAAUACUCUGUUCUAUUUUGGAGAAAAAG